AUGGACACAGCAUCCACGGCGAGGCGUCGCCGGAAACAGUUGGACCCGACCGCUUUGCGGCUUGGUCCUUCAGUUUCGUGUGCUGGGCGAGGCGGUGGAAAAGGGCACUGGGCCAAGUCACUGGUAGAGCGGUGGCAGGCGCCUGUCCUGGGCAACGAGUUGCUGCCUCCUGACGAUCUGAUGGUGUUUGAAGCAGAGGCGCAUAUUACUGGCCGCGGGGAAAGGCUCACGCAGAGGAGAAACGUCUUGGAUAACGGGAAUUGCGGUUGCGGUGAGGAUGAUUUGACCUAG